AUGGGGGCCAAAGAGAGCCAGCUACAGGACACAGUUGCGGACCACCACACAAACAACUAUGGAAGGGUUAAAAGAAGCCAUCUAAGGACACUCCACGCUCCUGCCACAUCUUCUAACAAACUGGUGUACAGCGCUAGUUCCCCAUUGCUUAAUAACGCCAAUCUUAAAAAUAACCUAGCUAAUCCACACAGGGGUCAGUUAUCGUUGAAUGAAUUGUCGACCAAUCCAAUUCGUCAACCCCUGUCUGGCGACAUCUACAGCCAUGAGUCCAAAUUGGGUGGGUUUAGAAUGCCGGCCAAAAGCUGUGGCGAUGAGACUGGCACGGAUGGGUCGCAAACAAGGGCCUUGUCCACAACGGGUAAGGCAGGAGUGUGUGGUGUAAGGAAGAUAUCAACAGAGAAGGCUGCCCACGGCGUCAAAAACUCGCUUGACGCGCUAACAAGAGGACGAUCUUUUGAUUUCGAUGACGAAUCCGACACCUCUUCGUCUUCUUUGUCCCUAGAAGGCGCGAGCGUUGACGCUUUUCUCAAAAACCUCAAACAGCGACCGAAAAAGUCAAGCGUGCUGUCGAAGAAACCGAAUGACCCGCGAGGUGGUGAGACGCGUACCUCAACCGAAGAAUUCUGUACUUCAGAACUCUCGUCGUCAACAUCCAGCCCCCUGUCGUGCUGUACCCCGAAGCCUGUUGUCGAUUUUGCUAAGCUUAAGAAGGCGGACGUCGAGACUAAGAAAGCUAAACACGAGCAGGUACAAGCAACGAAAGAUGUCACUAUUCCCCUUCCCGAGCAGCCAGGACCUUCGAAAACCGCUCAAAUCAACCAGAAACCCGCGAACAAGGUGGACCCCAAAACCGCGAAAAUUGAGGGCAUUUCAAAGGAGGCUGCGAGAGAUCGAUCAAAGCCCUGUUCAGGAUGGGUAACCCCAAAACCCAGUCCGAAAUUCGGCUUCACCCAGAUAGAAACAGGGGAGGUGUUUCUCACAGCCUACUUGAGAGAGCAAACAGCAGGCACCGGAGAAUACGCCAAAAUUAAGAAGCGAAGUGAACGCAGUCUUAAGGGCCUCCAGUGUCAGCAGGACUGCCAGAUAAAGCUCUACGACGAAACCACGGAAUGGCGUACCUUUGUCGUCCACAAGAUCCGCAUACGUGGACCGGGAUAUCGGGAGGUGAUCAGGUGCAAGAACUCACUGCCUCGCUGCAUCUCAGAGCACCUGAUCACGGCUCACUCAAAUGUGGAUGAGCUGCUCUUAAGCAAGGGUCGACGGAAGUGA